AUGAAGCUUCAGAAUCUGAAUCUGAAUCUGAAUCUGAUAGCGAAACAAGCUCAACAACAAUUCACCAUAAACCCUAAUCCCCAAUUUCUGAACCCAUUGCUAGCACUUCUAUCAAAUUCCAAACAUGCAUUCUUCAACCUCUACAACCAAAUGCUCAGUUACCCAUUCUCCCAUAACCACUACACCUUCACCCACGCUCUCAAGGCAUGUUCCCGCCACCACGCGCGCUCCAAGGGAGUUGAAAUUCACGGCCAUCUUCUCAAAUCCGGUCACUACCAUGAUCGCUUCAUCGAGAAUUCGCUUCUCAACUUCUACCUCGCCUGCAACGACGUAAUUGCGGCUUCGCGCGUUUUCCGAUCGGUUUCUUCACCUGAUGUGGUUUCAUGGACUUCAAUGGUUUCGGGGCUAUCCAAAUGCGGGUUUGAAGCUGAAGCGAUUGAGUUGUUUUGUUCGAUGGAUGUGAAGCCUAAUGCUGCUACCCUUGUGAGUGCUUUGUCUGCGUGUUCGGGUCUCAGAGCUUUGAAGCUUGGGAAGGGGAUUCAUGGUUAUGGGUUGAAGAGGGAGUUGUUGGUUGAUGGGAAUGUUGUUUUUGAUAAUGCUUUGUUAGAUUUGUAUGCGAAAUGUGGGUCGUUGGUGAAUGCGCGGCACCUGUUUGUGAAAAUGUCGCAAAGGGAUGUGGUUUCUUGGACCACAUUGGUGAUGGCUUAUGCGCGCGGUGGGCGUUGUGAAGAGGCUGUUGCUGUGUUUAAACAAAUGGUGGAUAGUGGGGAAGCUGAGCCGAAUGAGGCGACUGUUGUCACGGUGUUGUCAGCUUGUGCUUCUGCAGGUUCAUUGAGCUUGGGGCAGUGGGUGCAUUCUUACAUUGACACUAGGUGUGACCUUGUGGUUGCUGGCAACAUUGGGAAUGCGUUGCUUAACAUGUACGUAAAGUGUGGUGAUAUGCAAAUGGGGUUAAUGAUUUUCGACAUGCUUGAGCACAAGGAUGUUAUCUCGUGGGGCACUGUUAUUUGCGGCCUAGCGAUGAGUGGACACGGCAAGGAAGCUUUGCAGCUCUUUUCACUCAUGUUGGUUCAAGGGGUUCAACCAGAUGAUGUGACUUUCAUUGGCUUGUUGUCUGCGUGCAGCCAUGAAGGUUUGGUUAGUGAAGGAACCAUGUUCUUUAAAGCCAUGAGAGAUAGUUAUGGCAUCGUGCCGCAAAUGCAGCAUUACGGUUGCAUGGUAGACAUGUAUGGACGUGCUGGUCUGUUUGAGGAAGCGGAGGCUUUCCUUAGAGCAAUGCCUGUUGAAGCUGAGGGGCCUAUUUGGGGAGCUCUGCUUCAAGCCUGCAAAAUCCAUGGGAAUGAGAAGAUGUCUGAAUGGAUUAGGGAGCGCCUUGAUAACAAAAUUGUUGGUGUUGGUACACUUGCUUUGCUGUCUAAUAUUUAUGCAAGUUCUGAACGAUGGGAUGAUGCUAAUAAGGUUCGGAAAACAAUAAGAGGCACUGGAUUGAAGAAGAUGGCAGGAUUUAGCUGGGUUGAAGCAGACUUAUGUGUUGCAUAAGGUUGUAUCGGAUGAUGAUGCUUGUAAACUGUAUAUUGGUACCAACAACGAAAGAAUCUCUGAAGUUUUAAAGUAA